AUGGCAGUUCAAUUAUCAGAACCUACUUCACUUUGCUGGGACAACAAGGUUGUUGUUCACAUUGCUCAUAAUGAUAUCUUUCAUGAACUAUCUGCAAAAGUUUUUUUAAGCAUAGAUUGUGGUUCUUCUUCAUCACAACCUCAUACGGAUGCAAAUUCGAUUGAAUGGGUCGGGGACGAUCCUUACGUACGAUCUGGAGAAACACAUAAAGUCGAAGUUGCACCAUCGAGUCUAAGUACUACUACUUGGGAUUCUCAAGUCAUGAGCACUCUUAGAGCAUUCCCAACUCGGAGAGGGAACUGUUAUUCAAUAGAUAUCGAAGAUACUACUACCGCUGAGCGUGUCCUUGUUCGAGCCACUUUCUAUUACGGCAACUAUGACAAGAAGGCAAACCCACCGAAUUUCCUUCUUCAAUUCAAUGGAAACAAUUGGGCACGGAUCGAAACCUCCAUGAGUGGUAUUGAAUACAAAGAAGUGGCAUACUCAUUGAACAAUGGAAACAAUAUAAAUAUAUGUCUUGCUCAAACUCUAUCGAGUAACAUUCCGUUUAUAUCUGCGCUGGAAGUUAGAAGUUUGGAUUCAAAGGUUUACAGUAAUAUUGGUUCCAAUUAUCCAUUGUUUUUCAUGACAAGAAAUGCUUUUACCAAGACGGAUAUAAGAUUCCCUGAAGACAGUUUCGAUCGAAUUUGGCACACAACUGCACCACCAACUGGUUUGAUUACGGUUGCAAGUAACUCCCCAUCCAUUAUUGUCGAGACUGACGAUAAACCUCCUGAGGCGGUAUUAAGGGCAGCACUAACGUCGACACUGACCAGAAAUCACAUUACUUAUAGUGGUUUUGCAGAUCCUAAAUAUCCUGUUCAUUUUAAUGCAUAUUUUUCAGAAGUGAUCGAACUAAGUUCUACUCAGAAACGAUCAAUGGAUAUAAGUGUUGACAAUAAGCUGAUCAAUAGUAUUAUUGUUCCCAAGGGCCCUGUGAUUCCACCAUAUGGGCGAGCACUGGAGGUCCACAUUCCUAAUAUUACUUCUGCAUAUACGAUUGCUUUUAAACCGACAGAUGAUUCAACUCUUCCACCACUGAUCAAUGCCCUUGAAGGGUUUGUUAUCGGUGAUGCAUUAGUUCAAGGAACCAAUUCAGAUGACGUAAAAGCAUUGGUUUUAUUGCAAACGACUUACAUUCAACUUCAAUAUUGGAGUGGUGAUCCUUGUUUACCUUCACUGCUAUACAAUUGGGAAUGGAUUGAAUGUACUUAUGAUACUGAUUCUCCUCGGGUUACUGCACUGUAUCUUAGUGGCUAUGAAUUAACAGGCAUCUUACCAGAUUUUAGUGGAAUGGAUGCUCUUGAAACCAUAAACUUAAGCAAUAACAGUUUGACGCAAGCAAUUCCAGAGUUUCUCGGUACAUUCCCUAAACUAAAAACACUAUAACGAUUUUUCAGGAACAAUACCUUCUUCGUUAUCAAACAAUAUCGACUUGAACUUGUAUGUAUACGGUAAUUCAAAUUUGUGCACGAGCAUAACAAAGUUAAAUUGCAAAGCUGACGAUACUGACCCUGGAUCAAGAAUUCCUACCCGCAAUACUGGCACUGGAGGCACAGGCAAAAGCUCUAAAACAUCGUCAC